UAUCAUCCUUCUUGAGAGACUCGGAGAGCUGGAGAGCUAGGACGCAGGGAGCUCGCUCUGUUAGCAAUGCUUCCAUCAACUAUCCUCAGCGUGCUGUCUCUGAUCUUCCUGUCUGGAUGUCUUGCGGCACAAUCCUAUUAUCAGGUACUGGGUCUCCGGAAAGAUGCCUCAGAAGCAGACAUCAAGAAAGCUUAUCGGAAACUCAGUAAGAAGUAUCAUCCAGAUAUAAAUCCGGAUGAGAGUGCGCAUGAGAAGUUCAUUGAGGUGUCAAAAGCGUAUGAAAUAUUAUCUGAGCAGGAGACUCGAGAUAUCUACGACAGACAUGGAGAGGAAGGAUUGAAGCAGCAUGAGGCAAGAAAACAAGGAGGAUCUAAUCCGAACGACCUAUUCGCGAGGUUCUUCGGUGGAGGCGGACAACAAGAGAAGAGGGGUCAGGGGUUAGUUCUGACGGCAGAGGUGGACCUGGCAGACAUGUACAAUGGACGGACGGUCGAGAUCUCCUAUCCUCGGAAAAUCAUCUGCACCCACUGUCAUGGCUCAGGUGCUCAUUCAGAUUCCGAUAUAUCACAGUGUAAAAACUGCGGAGGUAACGGGGUGGUCGUUCAGCGGCAUCAAGUGUUCCCGGGUAUGGUCACCAAUGUACAAAUGACGUGCCAACACUGUGGUGGACGUGGAAAAUCGAUUACAAGGUUAUGUGGAACCUGUCGCGGCCAAAAAGUCAUACAAACAGAUCACACCAUCGCGGUUCAUAUCCCCGCUGGAGCUCCAGAAGGCUUUGAGGAGGUGUAUCAUGGAGAGGCGGAUGAGAGUACAGAAUGGGAAGCGGGAGAUGUGGUUGUGAGAGUCAGGAGCAGACACACAGAAGGACAGGGACAGUGGUCUAGAAAGGACGGAGGAUUGAUAGGUCGAGUCACGCUGAGCGUGGCAGAGGCUCUGCUUGGCUUCAAGCGGACAUUGACACACUUAGACGGUCGCAGCAUCAACAUUGGCCGAGCAGGCACAACGCAGCCUGGUGAAGUAGAAGUCGUAGAGGGAGAAGGAAUGCCGGCGUACCAUGAUAAGCCUCAAGGAGAUAUGUUCAUCGAGUAUUCUGUCGUCAUGCCAGUCGAAGUAUCCGCUGAGUCGCGUCAAAAGUUGCUUGAUGUCUUUGGGCCAACUUCCGGUUCCGUAGUCAGAGACGAGCUGUAGCAUAGAGUCAUCCGCAUGGCAUCGAUAUCAUUAUGGCGGACGCCUACUCCAUGCGCCUCGUACUACAUCGCGAGCGCCGGCCAGGCAAGCAUGAAAGGCAAGGGACAA